GUCGUCGUCCACCGGCCUUCAUCUGCACGCCCGCCACCCGCACAUCCGCCGCCAUGGACGACCCGCCGCCGAAGCGCAAGUUCAACUUCCGCCAGGAGCCCAAGAAGAAGCCCAAGACGGACGAUGGCAGCGCCGCGCUCAAGACGGGCUUCGGCGCGAAGAUGAUGGCCAAGAUGGGCUACAAGGGCACCGGCGGCCUGGGGCGCGAGGGCGAGGGCAUCGCCGAGCCCAUCCAGGUCGUGCUGCGCGGCAGCAAGGGCGGCGUGGGCAUCGUCGCCGAGAAGAGCGAGCAGCAGAAGCGCGAGGAGCGCCGCAAGGCCGAGGUCAACGGCGACACCUACCUCGACUCGGACGAGGAGGACCGUCGCGAGCGCAAGAACAGGGCCAAGGCCGCCCGCGCCGCCCGCAGCGCGGCCCCGCGCCCCAAGAAGACGCUGUUCGAGCUCGAGGCCGCCGGCAUGCAUGUGCCGCUGGCCCUGCAGUCCAUCAUCGACGCCACCACCGGCGCCUCCACCCCGACCUCGGGCGUGUCUCUGCGCGGCAGCGACGUCGUGCCCUUUGAGAACUCGCUGCAGGCCCGCGUGCGCCGCGACCUGAACAGCUUCUCCGAGGCCUUCGAGGAGCUGCAGAUCGAGGCGCAGGCCAUUGCGCCGCAGGAGUAUGCGCUGGAGAAGGAGCUGGACGCCCUGGAGCGCCAGAUGGACGAGAUACGCCAUGUCAGCGCACGACUGCAGGCUAUGCGGACGGGUUCUUUUAGAGAUGUCUGCGCCGGCCUGAAGGACCUGCGCGCCGCCUACCCCUCGAAGCCCCUCCACCGCGAAUCCAUCGCCGUCAUCCACCCGCACUUCUCCCAGAUGAUCGCCUCGUGGUCGCCGCUAGAAGACGCCCUCGAAGAACCAGCCGCCGCCUUCUCCGAGCUCUCCAACGUCAUACAGCCGCGCAGCAGGCGCAUCCGCUCCGACGCCUACACACAUCCAUCAGACGCACUGGCCGCGCGCACCCCGCUCGACGACGAGGCGCCGAUCAAGCGCGGCACGUCGUCCUCCUACGAGACCAUGAUGCUCAAGCUCUGGCUGCCGUCAGUCAGCUCAGCCGUCACGCAAUGGGACGUCAAGGACCCCCGUCCGAUGGUGCAUCUGAUCGAGGUGUGGCGGCCAGUCCUGCCGCCGUUUGUCGCGAAACGCGUGCUGGAGCAGAUCACGCGGAAGCUCUCCACCUCGGUGCACGAGUGGAAUCCACGCAAGUUCAAGAGAAGCCCGCACACGUGGAUCGUCGAAUGGCUGCCGUACCUCGCGCCCGCCGACCUCGAUCCCAAGGGCUCUGGCCUGGUCGCUGACAUCAAGCGCAAGCUGCGCCACGCACUGCAGUCCAUCGACAUCUCGCGCGGCACGCUGUCCGGCAUGGAGCAGUGGAGGAAGGUCUUUGGCAGGGCCGAGAUCGACCGCAUGCUCACCAACCACCUUGUCCCACGCCUCGCGAGCCACCUGCGGGACACCUUCGAAAUCAACCCCGCCGAACAAGACAUGGCGCCCCUCGAAGCCGUGUUCGCGUGGAAGGGCCUUCUCUCAGACCAAACCCUCGGCGAGCUCCUCAAAGCCCAGUUCUUCCCCAAGUUCCUGGCCAUCGUGCACCAGUGGCUGUCCAGCGAGGCCGUCGUCUUCAACGAAGUCCAGGAAUGGAUCACAUGGUGGCGCGACACCCUGGGCGAGGACGUCAACGCCCUGCCCGCCGUCGCGACCUGCUGGGCCGACGCCUACACGCUGAUCAACCAGGCGCUCGACCUCGGCGACGCCCGCCUAACCGACCUGCCCGCACCACACACCGCGAGCCCCCGCGCCUCCCCCGAGCCCUCCGCAUCCACCACCAGAGACCCCCCCCGCCCCCCCGCACCCGAAGAAGCCACCUUCAAAGACGUCGUCGAGGAGUUCUGCGCCGACGAGAACCUGCUGCUGAUGCCGCUGCGCGAGGCCCACGACGUGACGGGGCUGCCCUUGUUCCGCAUCACGGCGAGCGCGACGGGGCGCGGCGGCGCGGUCGCGUAUUUCAAGGGCGAUGUCUUGUGGGUGCAGAGUAAGCGCGAUAAGGCGCUGUGGGAGCCGACGGGGCUGGAUGGGGGGUUGACGGCGAGGGCGGAGGGAAGGUAGGGGGGUGGGUGGAUAUGAGCAUGUGUUUCUGGGGCAGGGAAUAGAGAUGCGGUGUAGACAAGGUAGAGAAGCCUGGCACCAAAGCGAAGGAGUGAGCUGGCCUCAAGCGUGGAACAAGAACCACAAGGCCUCGUGGGAGUCCAGUGGACCGGUCUGCACCAAAGCCUGACACCAAGGCGAAGGAGUGAGCUCUCGAGUGUCAAACACCACCGCCCAUGCUUCCAAGACUCG